CGAAAAAAUACAAGGAACCAAUCCCGAACAACAGCAACAGCAGCAAAGCAACAACAAACGAUGUAUCGGAUCGUACCGUACACUUGUACGAGCAAGAGUAUCGUACUCUACGUUGUAAUCGCAUACUGUACCGGCCGUACAUUCUGGAGGGUACGGUACAUACAGUACGCCAACUACGAGUACCGUAGAGUAGUAGUACUAUCGACACCAUCGCCAAGCAACCAACAACAACAUCCAAAAAGCACCAACACCGAUUGCGACCGGUACAGCACGCCGUUGACAAUCCCGAUUCAUACCAAUUUAACCGAAUAAAGGAAAUUCAUUCAUCAUGCCUUGGCAAUCAAUGGCCUCCCUCGGCGUCAUCAUUACGAUGUUUAACGUUGUACCGGCGCUCAACGCGGGAGUUCAAUACUUGGGUUACGGAGUGAGUUUAUGUUGACUGUUUUUGAGUAUUCAUGGAUGGUCGUAUUUUGUUCUUCUCGAACGACAAAAAUCUCCUAUGUUUUGCAUCGGAUUGGCAGUGUUAUUUUCUGUCUGCUCGCAUUGCGGUUUGCUCCAUUGAUCGACCGAUCGAUUCGUCUGGGACGUUUUUUUGUGUUUUUUUUUCACCGAACAACCAUCUCGCAGUUGCUUGUGUGUGCAACCUCAUCACGAACAUCGAAGACGCGCAUGCUACCCACUUCUUCGGUCAUAUUGGCGAAUUCUGUCUGUUCGAUUGGAAUAAGAUUGGAUUCGGCUCACGCAGAAAAUUUUUCCUUGAUGCUUUCGAAACUGAAUUUCGCUUUCAACUGGUGCAUGGCAUCGCCCUCUCCUGCCUACCCAAUAUAUACCUCUGAAAAUUGAACAAAUGGAUCAAACCGAAUGAUUGGAAAUGGGACCACGGAUUCACACAAAACGAAUCGGGAUGGAAUGUGACACGGAUUGAACGAAUCGCCUCUCGCAGAAAAAAAAGGAACUCGGACUGACCUCCAACGAAUGGAACUAUCGGAUGUCGAAGAGAGACGCCGCCUACGAACAGCACGCUGCAAGGGUGCGGGCAGAGAUGGAUAAGCUCAGGGUCCAAAAGUCGUAAAACUGAAAGCAACGAUAAAGAUUAAAUAAGGUGCACUUCGAAAUACUGAUGAAAACUCAGUGGCGAAGUAGAAAUUAAAUGCGAACUAUCAAG